AUGGAGACUGGAGAAACAAUAGAACAUGAGCCAUUGCCUCCUUAUGAUUCAAUAUAUCAUAUAAAAUUAAGGAUUAGGGAUAAAAAAGACAUCCCCUUUGUAAUGCAGCGCGUCAUUUUUAAUGGAGAAAAAUUAGAUGACCAUCGCAUCCUGUCAUAUUACAAAAUCAAAAAUAGGUCUGUAAUUAAUCUAGAGAUUAAAUCAAUGAUUUUCGUAAAAAAUCCCAGAUCAAUUCUAAACAUAGAUGCAGAGACAAAAGAAACGAUUGGACAAAUUAAACAAAAGAUCCAGAAAAAGCAAGGAAUCCCUCCAGAACAACAAUCACUCUUUUUUUUAAGCAAGGAAUUAUGUGAUCAGAAUACAUUAUCGUAUUACAAUAUUCAACGUGGAUCUACAUUGGAUCUAGAAUACAAAGAAAUAGCGAUUUUUGUAAAUGUAAUAGACGGAAAAAUCAUAGAACUGAGAGUAAAAAGCGACUAUAAAGUCGAAAGUAUUAAAAGAAUGAUUCAGGAUAAAGAAGGCAUUCCUUAUCACCAACAAUAUCUGGUUUUUAAUCGUUUAAUGCAUGAUCAUGCAUUAUUGUCAUCAUACAAUAUCGAAGAAGGAUCUAUAUUGUGUUUAGAAUUUGAAAAAAUGACAAUCAAUAUCAAUUUGAUGGGUAAAAAAAUCAUAAAGCUAGAAGUAGAAAAAAAUUUCACCAUUGAACAAGUCAUACAAAUGAUCAAAGAAAAAGAUGGCAUCUCCUUGAAUCAAGUUCAACUCGAAUUUUCUGAAAGUAUUUUGGAUCCUGAAAAAACCUUAAUGUAUUAUAAGGUUACUAACGAGUCUACCCUAUACUUAUACUUAUAUAAUAAUUAUUUAAGCGGUAAUAUAUAUGUAAAAACAUUGACUGGAAAGACGAUAACUCUGUCAGUGGGAUCAAGUAACACCAUUUACGACCUUAAAUUAAAGAUCCAUAAAAAAGAAGGAAUCCCUCCUGAUCAACAACGUCUUAUUUAUGCGGGCAAGCAAUUAGAAGAAGGGAAUCUCUUGUCUUAUUACUAUAUAAGAAGAGAAUCUACACUCCAUUUAGUACUUAAGCUACGUGGCGGGAUGUUUCAAGAAACUAGUGGUCGACGAGAGUUUAAUGCAUUGCCACCACUCACACAAUAUAUGCUAACACCUGAAGAACGUCUAAAUAAAGGAAUUCAUGCUGGUAUCGCCUGUAAUUAUUGUGGAAAACGCGAGUGGAAAGGGAUGAGGUAUAAAUGUUCAGAAUGCCUUGAUUAUGACUUGUGCUUUGAUUGCAUCACAAUGUCCAACAUACUUCAUAAUGUGCAACAUCAUUUUCUGAAACUCGUGGAUCCCGUAGAUCCAAAGGCGACUCACGAAGAUAUCUUAUCUGCUUUUGUUACCAUAUCCCCAAUAUUACCUGACACGAAAGAGAAACUGUUGGCUCUUUUACGUGAGGAAGAACGCCGAAGGUUUUCACCUGAAAUGCAAAAAAAGUAUUAUGAAGUUGGUAAUGAUCCUACGUGUGGUAUGGAUUGGAUGGAUGUCACUGAUCAGAUGCAGCAUGAGUUAGUUCGAGAAUUUGGAUAUUCAGAUGAGGCAGUGCAAUUAUUACGGCGUGCGCCACAGCUUUAUCCGAACGAUCCUGAAUUUCACACAACUCAAGUAUAUGUUCGCAACAAUAUUGCCAAUAUUGGAAACCUUACUGAAGGAAUGCCGGCACCUGAUUGUUUAUUAGUUCCCCUCAAACCUUCAAUAUUCAAAGCAAUGGCUAUUGAUAAUGACUCCAAUUCACCAAAUAUGGUUUCUUUGCGCUUACUUUGUAAAUCAGGGCGACCUCUUGUUUUAUUCGGAGGAUCCUAUACUUGUCCCUUAUAUCGAUACAUAUCUCAUGUACUCAAUGAUAUAUAUACUCGAUAUAAAGCGCAAGUGGAUUUUUAUAUGAUUCAAAUUCGAGAAGCUCAUGCUUCUGAUGUUUGGCCUAUCGGUAACAUUGUUGAUGUCAAAGAGCAUCGCGCAUUAUCUGAUCGCCUGGUCGCUGCACGUGAGAUGGUCGAAAAAACCCAGUUGGAAAUUCCAGUGCUAGCAGAUACAAUGAAUGAUAGUUUUUUAAAUUUGUAUUCACCAUGGCCAUUCCGGUUUUUUGUUGUUGUAGAUGGUAUUUUAAAACUUGUAGGGAUGCCAAAAGAAGCGCAUUAUGAUACAACGGGUCUUGUUAAUUGCUUGGAUAAUAUUUUAUGUAGCAAAAGGAAUUAA